AUGAAAGAGGAAGGGAACUUGCUCUUUAAAAAAGGUCAUAUUAUUGAUUCUUUGGAGAAGUAUGGAUAUGCGGGGAUUAUCCUUGGUUGUUUUAUAUUUGAAGAGGAGGAGCAUCUACGCAAAUUUUAUGACCUCUCUAUUUGCAUCCUUCUAAACUCAGCAGUUUGUUUUAGUAGGAAAAUUGAAUAUGAGCAAGUUGGUCUUAUUUGCUCCGUAAUAUUGGAAUUUGACUCGAACAAUGUCAAAGAUUUAUACAGGAGAGCCAUGGCGGCGGGAGAAUUGUGUAGGGGAGACUUUGCUUUUUUGGACUUAUUAUUGGCCUCUUAA